AUGCCGGGUCUCGAGCCAGUGCCUCAAGGGCAGUUGCCCUUUGAAUACACGAAACUCGAUCCUACUCGACACGAGAUCCGGCUGAUCAGACUCAAGCCAGCCACUACGGGACCCAUUCAUGGCGACAUGAUUGUCCAGAGCCUGGACCACCACAGCUUCGUCCCUUAUGAAGCUGUGUCCUACGUCUGGGGCGAGUCGGACAUGUGCGAGACAAUCACCGUGGACGGCAACAAGCUCCCGAUCACCAGGAGCGCCCACGUGAUGCUCGACAGGCUCUGCAGGGCCAACCACGGCCAUCUGUGGAUAGAUGCCAUCUGCAUUAACCAGGCCGACGACGCCGAGCGCGGCCACCAGGUGCAACAGAUGAGACGCGUCUAUGCUUCGGCCACCAGGGUAAUCAUCUACCUUGGCCACUCCAACGCGAAUAUCGACCUGCUCAUGAAAGGGCUGCGGGCCGGAGUAGAGAUGAGCGGAGCAGAGACCCAAAACCCCAUGUCUCGAAGGGCAGAGCGAUCAACGAUAGAGAUGUGGUGGCAGGUCCAGAGAGUCUUUCGCCAGAACUAUCUCAACGCCAGGCAGCGGCAGCGUGCUGCCCUUUGCGAGCUUCUCGACCGAUCAUACUUUGAGAGGAUCUGGAUCAUUCAGGAAGUAAGCAAUGCAAGGGCUGGCCUUGUCCAUUGCGGCGACUAUGCCGUGUCGUGCAGUGCGUUCACCUUGGCUCCAAGUCUUCUGGACGUCCAGGUCAAACAGCACUGCCUCCACAUUCUGGAAGCGAUGCCGACCAUUCAGCGGCACGAAUCGUCAUGGCUGAGCGCAGGACAAGACAUGAGCCUAUUCCAUCUUCUUUCGAAAUUCCGUGGCUCCCAGGCAACUCUUCAACGCGACAGGAUUUACGCUCUCCUUGGCCUCUGCGAGCGGGAGGGGGAUCGAACGCUUCUAGUCGACUACACGCUGUCCGAUGUGGACGUUGUGCGGCAUGCAGCCGCGUACAUC